AAUCCCGCCGGGCCGCCGCAUAUGGCUACAUCGGACCCUCUUCCCUCCCGGGGGAUCGUGAACACCCCUGCCCUUAGCUCCCAGUCCUCCAAUAUCGAUUUGCCGUUGGUGUCGGCGGUCCCGAGCAGCCUGGAAGUGCGUCCCCCUCCGGAGGUGGGAGUGCAGGAGUGGCCGGACGGCUGGAGGUAUCAGGGUGAGCUGCAGGGGAAUCUGAGGCAUGGAGAAGGGAGAUUUGAGUGGAGUAAUGGCGAGUUUUUCUGUGUUUUGCGAUUGCAGUAUUAUGUGGGGCAGUUCUACAAAGACCAUCGACACGGGUCCGGGUGCUAUUUCUGGCCGGAUGGGACCAAAUUCACAGGAAUGUUUUACCUGGAUCGAAAAGAGGGAUAUGGUACUUUGGAAAUGAAGGAUGGCUCAACUUUCCAGGGGCUUUAUAAAGGCGAUGAACGUUUUGGACCUGGAGUAUUAACCUAUCCUAAUGGGCGUCAAGAUGUGGGGCUGUGGUACCAGAAUCGUCUCAUCAAGCUGUGUACAACAAUAGAAGGCGCCUUCACGGUGAAGGAUCACCCAUUUUACCAGUCUGACAUGGGGAAGCAUGUCAUCACUAUAAAACCUUACAAGGAGAAGUACUCCUGGAGAACUGAACUAGUAGAAGAUCCCUUCUCUUAUCCAUACAGGAAGCUUCUGUCUGAUGACAGCUACAGCCUCCCACCAGAAAUUUGGACUUACUCCAAUGAUACUGAUCACUUGCCCCUUACUCGCUCGUACAGGAGAGAAGGUGACAGAUAUUUCUUCCCAGAAGAAGAGUUGGUAGAUGAGGAACAGACAGAAACACUCACUGUUAUUAACAAAACCCCUUUGUUGGUUAAAAUGCAGAUGCACAUCCACAGACAUAGGCACGCACAGACUGAACUUCCGUGGGACGUGGCGGCUGUGAUCAAUGGAAACCGCGAAGGCUUUGGACCCAAAGGGCCGCUUGAGUGCAGCUCUGAGCAGCUGAUCAUCGCGGCCGGAGAGGGUGACUACCAUGUAGUGCAUGAGAUCCUAAAGAACGACUUAGUCAGUGCGGAUGUGGCUGAGCUUCACGGGCACACAGCUCUCAUCGGAGCCUCAAUCGCUUGUCGCAGUGAUAUCGUCAACCUGCUGCUGGACAACGGAUCAAAUGUGAACAAGUUAAAUGACGAGGGUGUUUCUGCACUGAACGGCAGCCAGGCGCUUUAUUAUCCAGUCGGCUGCUUUAAAUGGAAGGGAGUCACUGCAAACGUAGACACUAAGAAGUUCAAUUACACUGCUGCUAGAAGUUCAAGCAGAAAGAAUUUCCAGAAAGAAAGUACUGGUGGGCUGACAGAGGAGGUGAAGAGGGCCAAAAAGCUCUCGAUCUAUGACCGCAAAAUCAGGUUGGGCAGCAUCAUCCUCCAUAAAACUCCAGUCACAAGCAGUGGUAAAAACGAGGAGUCAGGAGAGGAGGAGAGUGUGACGUCUGAGGUGGAUGUUAGCUCUGAAAGGCUGCAGUCACCAUCAGCGGGGUCUCCUUCUUCCGGCAGCUCUGACUCAGAGACGAGUGACCGCAACUAUCUGAUCUCGGUUGCUGACCAACAGUUGCGUCGUGCAGCUUAUGCAUUGAGCAGGAACGAUAAAUUCAGAGAGUUGUCAUCCCAAAGAUCUGGUGGUACAGAAGUUGAAAAUGUACGGAGAAUUGCCCAGGUGAAAUGGGAGCACCAGAGUAGAAGAAGAAUUAUUCAUCUACUUCUCCGUCGAGGGGCAGAUGUCAAUGCCUCCGUACAUCCAAUGCCAUCAAUUUUUUUCUCCUUGUUAGCAGCGGACAUCUCAGCAAUGAAGGCCAUACUGGAGGUCGGAGCCGAUCCAAACGUCCGACUUCAGACAAUGAUGGGAGGAAUGAAUGGGCUCCUGCCACUCCACAUCGCUGCGACUCUCCCAGGAAAGACGGGAGUGACGAUUACCGAGCUCCUGCUGAAGGCUGGAGCAGACCCUGAUCUGGGAGCAGAAGACAAGGAUGAGGUCUCUGAGCGUGAUCAGCAACCCGACCCGGAGACUCUGACCGGAUUUCUUGUGAAAAGCUCCAAUCGGUCAGGUAUCCCGAAGCAUUAUUAUAGUCCAAUUGAAACCCCAGCUGAGGCAGAUGGAAAAACUGCUUUGUAUAUGGCUUCUGAGCGUGAAGACAGCUACAAGCAUGCUCACCAGAUUGUUCAUCAACUUCUGAAGCACAAGGCAAAUCCCAAUUUAUUGUGGAGAGGUCAUUCACCCCUGUCCUUAGCCAUCGCCAGUGGAAAUGACCUGGUAGUAGAUGAGCUGCUGGCCCGUGGUGCUGACCCAAACCUGCCACUCACGCAUGGCUUGGGAAACGCACUGAGUGUGGCACUGAGCACCGAAUAUGAGGACAAGAGAAGCCUGCAGGGUAGAGUGGCAUUGGUGACCAAGUUAAUCGCAGCCAAGGCUAAUAUCUUGAUGCCCAUCACAAUUCAACAUAAGGGCAACAAAGCUGUGGGAACUGCUCUGGAUUAUGCCCACUACAAGUAUUACCAGGAUAGGAGAAUAGCAGAGACACCUUACCAUGCCCUUUCACCUGAAGAGCGAGAAGUCUGCAACGCCCGGCGCUUCCUCCUCAACUCUUUGGGCAAGCCAUUCCGAACGGCCGCCAUCGACAAGGAACGGGAGCGGUUUGACGCCAUCAUCCAGCAGAACACCCCAUCCCAAGCACCUGGGAUUUUAACUCAGCUCGCUGAAUCAGAGGCACUUACCCUCGCUGGCUUUAGUCUAACAGCCCAGACUAUCUUCGAGCAACAUGCUCAGAAGGGUGACGAAACUCUCCCUUCCACAGCAACCUCGGAAAAGAAGAGGAAGGCUGAAGACAGAGGUCACAGGAGGCAGCUGUUCAAGUUCAAGUUCUGCUACUACUGUGGACGCUCCAUGGGGGUGCAUCUGGUUGCGUGCAGCCGGUGUAAGGAGGUGUAUUACUGCAGCAAGGCCUGCAAGCUGGCAGCUUGGGACGAAUUCCACAAGCACGAGUGCUACGUCUCAAAAGGAAGAGCUCGUGCUUCAUCCAAAAAGAAGAAAGGGGAAGCAAAGGGAAAAGAUGGGACAGAUGAUGAAGAGGGAAUGAAGGCAGAAGAUGGGAUAGACAGGAAGAGAGAAGGAGAGGACCAAUCACUGGAUUGGAGCCGUUCAACAUCACUAUCCAUGGAUCUGGAUAACUACAGCUUUAAUUAAAUGUACUUUUGAUUGGUUGAGUUUUCUCGCUGUUCAGUCUCACACACAUGACCGUGACUUUGGCUAAACUUGGAGCAGUUAUAUAAGGGAAGUGAUCAAGAGGACUGAAUUAGAUGCUGGUGAUUGGAGGGGUUGAGGGAGAUAAGAGUUAGCAGGUGCUGAAGCUAAAGAGGAAUUUGAAAACAAUAUUGGUGAGUAGGGUUUGAAAAUUGAGAUAACAUUUAUUACUGAACCAGCAUAUGCAGGAAAGGAGGAAGUCAUGGAGGGAUUGUCUACUGAGUCAGUGUGCACGGCAGUCAGAAACAGGAAAAGGGCAAUAACUACUGGGUGUUUUUUAUAGACCCCCCAAUAAUAACAGGGAUAUUGAGGAACUGAUAGGGAGGCAGAUUCUAGAACAGUGCAAUAAUAGCAGGGUUGUUGUGAUGGGUGAUUUUAACUUUGCUAAUAUUGACUGGCGUCUCCUUGGAGUAAGGGGUUUAAAUGGGGUGGAGUUUAAAUGGGGUAAGCAUAAAACUGGGAGAGCAGGUAAAGGUGAAAAAAAUAAGGGUUUUAUUUACCCAAAAUAUUUACAAACUCAACAGA